AUGAGUUGAAUUCGACGCUACAAAUUUCCCUAAUAUAGAAGCUCAAUUGUAACAUUUGAAGUAAUUGGAAAAAGUCCAACGAUUGUUUUAAAAUUGUUGUGUGCCAAAAAAAUAGAGCUGUCGUUGAAGCAAGAGCGUUACAAUUGCUCCGAGUGUGUUAAAUGUAUCGAAACCUAAAAGUCUUUGAACUUUCAAGUCAGAAAUAUUUACUUGCGUAAAAGUGCAUCAUCCACGUUUUUUACAACUAACUGCAUGGCGUUGUGAGAGGUGUGCAGUGCAGAGGAAAUUUUAGUUGAGCAUCCCAUACUGCAUAUUUCUUAAGCGAGUGCGAGCGUAAAUUUUACAGUUCUCAAGUUCAACGUGUGGAAUGAAUGACUUUAUCUUCAGAAGUGCAUAAGUAGAUGAAUCAACCUCAUUUAUGACUGUAUAAAUGCUUGAUUAUAAACAGUCUCAGUUUAUUUAGUUGCAUUUGAAAUGCCAUUCGCAAACAACAAGCAUGAUUUUAUUGAAUUUGCAAAAUAAUUGAAGUAAGGUAAAGUAGAUAUUUAGUUAAGUCAACAUGCAGAAGCUGCCCACAGUAUUUGUGUGGGGAGGGGUCUUGUUCUUAAUUGUGUCUGUGAUAUGUGGAUGGAUUCUGGGUCCUUUUGUGAUACGAGAUCAAAUUGUCAGGAUGGCUCAAUUACGAAAUAACACAUUUAUCUGGGACAAAUGGACAAACCCCACGAAUGAGAUGUUCCUUCGCGUCUACUUCUUCAAUGUGACCAACCCCUCGGACGUCGAAGCAGGGGGAAUUCCUAUCUUCCGACAAGCCGGACCAUUCACCUAUGAGGAAACGCGAUUCAAGGAAAAUCUUGCCUACCACGAGCAAAAUGACACCAUUAGCUACACGCAACCAGUGACGUAUCACUUUCGCCUGGAUUUAUCUUCCGGAUCUGACAAAGAUUUGCUAACCGUUCUCAAUAUUCCAUUGGUGGGAAUUUCUGCCCGUCUUCAUACCUACUCAUCUUUUAUUCGCUACAUGGUUGGAACGUUCCUGACUCAAUAUGAGGAACCCCUUUUUGUUUCCAAAACCGUAAAGGAGAUGCUCUUUGAUGGGUAUUAUAACGAAAUGGUGGACGAAUUGCAACAUUUGACUGGGGAAAACUUUUUUCCCGAUGCAUUGGUCGGUGUUUUAGUAGGAAGAAACAAUUCUCACGAAGGUUUGUACGAGGUUUACUCUGGAAUAAAGGACUCCACUCGGCUGGGCGAGAUUGCCUCGUUCAAUGGUCACCGUCACCUCUCCGCCUGGCCCAGGGAGCCUUGCAACAUGAUCAACGGAAGCGAUGGGUCCGUUCUCCCCCCGCUCUUGACCAAAGACUCCGUCCUCCGAGGAUUCCAUCACGAUGUUUGUCGCUCAUUUUACAUCACAUUUACGGGGGAGGUGGAGUACGAGGGUGUGGCUGGGUACAGGUUCGAACCACCAGAAGCUCAGUACCUGGGUCCCAAGAAGAAUCCAGACAACGCCUGUUUUUGCUUGGAACCCAAGGAGGAUUUCUCAAACUGCUUUGAAGACGGGGUUUACUCCGGGGCGGGGUGUCAUCGAGACGGACCAAUCACCAUUUCUAAUCCACACUUUAUGUAUGCGCCAUUCUACCUGAACAAAACCAAAGGGUUGAUGCCAGAUAAAGAGAAACACGGGCUGUUUGUAGACCUGGAACCGAGUUCCGGACUAAUUCUGCGGGCAGCGAGACGAAUGCAAAUAAAUGUGGAUUUGAAACCGAAUCGGGCCGUGGAUGGGAUGCAUAAUGUGCCAUCCAUGCAAUUUCCUAUUCUUUGGGUGGAGGAGACAUUUGUGCUGGAUAAGGAGGUUCACUCGAGCCUCCUGUACUACUUGGUGCUGGCGGAGACAACGCUUCAAUUUGGGAAGUGGGUGUGCCUGGCAGCCAGCUUGGCUCUCCUCGUCGUGGCCAUCACCAUCUACGUCGCCAGGGCUCGGAAUAAAUCCUAUAUUUACAAUUAGUACGAGUUUCUAGUUUAAAAUCUGUUAAUUUAUAAUACGUCCAUAAAUAAAUCUAUUCUUCUAUGCAUCACUUUAAA